AUGGCCGAGACCCAGGUGCCCGAGGUGCUGCAGGAGGUGACGGUGGGCGCCGAAACCCCCCCGAGCACCCCCGAAGGAGCCCCGGGCUGGGUCUGGGGGGGGCCCGGCCCGGAUACGGAGGAGGAAGAGGAGGAGGAGGAGGAGGAAGAGCGGGCGCGACCCCUCCUGAGGCUCUGGGGGAACUGGGGGGGGUCCUCAGACGCCCCCUCCCGCAGCCCCUCCCCCUCCCCGCACCCCCCCUGCUCCCCGCCCCCUUUUGCCCCCCCAUCCGCCGCCCCCUCCCCACCCGCCCCGCCGCGCCCCUGCUGCCCCCAGUGCGGCAAAUCCUUCACGUCGGGCUCCUCGCUGAGCCGCCACCUGCGCUCCUCGCACGGCGGCGGCGGCGCCGGGGCGGCUCCGGGGCUCACCUUCACCUGCUGGCGCUGCCGCGCUCCGUUCCCGUGCGGGGCCGCGCUGCGGGAGCACCUGGGCGGCGCCGCGGGCUGCCAACCGCGCCCGCACCGCUGCCGCGCCUGCCCCAAGCGCUUCGCGUCCGCCCGCUCGCUCCGCAAGCACCGGCGCACGCACCUGGACGGGGCGCUGCGCUGCCCCGACUGCGGCAAAACGCUCACGUCGGCGGCCUCGCUGGUCACGCACCGGCGCAUCCACACCGGCGAGCGCCCGUUCCGCUGCCCCGACUGCGGCAUGGCCUUCAUGGCCACCAAGUCGCUGGGCAAGCACCGGCAGGCGCGGCACUCGGGCGGCUUCAUCUGCACCGACUGCGGACGGAGCCUGUCGUCGCACGCCGCGCUGGUGGCGCACCAGCGCAUCCACACCGGGGAGCGCCCCUACGAGUGCCCCGACUGCGGGAAGGGCUUCGCGGCCGUCAAAUCGCUCAGCAAGCACCGCAAAACGCACCGGGGAGCGGCGGCGGCGGCGGCGGCGGCCGGGCCGUGCUCCGAGUGCGGGGCGGGCAACGCGGCCUGCCCGCACCGGCGGUGGGGCGGUGGGGACAGCCCCGAGGGUAGGGCGGGGGUCGCGGUGAUUACACGGGUGAUCGGGGACAGCCCCGAGGGGGUCCCGGUGUCACCAUGGCUCGUUAGGGACAGCCCCGACGGUGGGGCGGGGGUCCCGGUGAUUACACGGGUGAUUGGGGACAGCCCCGACGGUGGGGAGGGGGUCCCGGAGGAUCAGCGACCCCUUGGGGACAGCCCUGAGUGUGGGGCGGGGGUCCCGGUGUCCCCACGGCUCCGUGGGGAGAGACCCUCGGGGGUCCCGGUGUCCCCACGGACGCUUGGGGAGAGCCCCGAGUGUGGGGCGGGGGUCCCGGUGUCCCCUUGGCUGCUUAGGAACGGCCCCUCGGGGGUCCCGGUUCCCGCCCAUCCCCUCGGCCCCAGCCCCUCGGGGGUCCCGGGGGUCCCGGUUCCCGUCCAUCCCCUCGGUCCCAACCCCUCGGGGGUCCCGGUUCCCGUCCAUCCCCUCGGCCCCAGCCCCUCGGGGGUCUCGGGGGUCCCGCGGCGGCGCCGCCCCGCGUGCGAGCAGUGCGGGAAGGCGUUCCGGGACGGGGCGGCGCUGCGGCGGCACUGGCGGGUGCACACCGGCGAGAAGCCGUUCGGCUGCCCCGAGUGCGGCAAGAGCUUCCGCGCCAGCUCCAGCCUGGUCAUCCACCGGCGCACGCACACCGGAGAGCGCCCGUACCCCUGCUCGGGCUGCCCCAAGAGCUUCGUGUCCCGCUCGGCGCUCAUGAAGCACCUGCGGACGCACCUGCGCCAGGAGCCGCAGCACGGAGCCCCGACAUCGGGGGGAUUUGGGUGCUGA